AUAAGGUGCCCAGCCACCAGCAUGUUCUGCUUAGGCAGAGUCUUCCGCCACCAUCCCAAGGCCAGCCUGGCAUUUGCGCUAGAAUCAGCAGCCCCUGCCCAGAUCUGGGCACUUUUCCUCUGAGGAAUAUCUUUUCCCUGGGGAAAAUAUCAGGAACAGAGCAGAUUCUCUCCCUCCCCCCUCCAAUACACACCUUCCUCAGACAAGAGCUGGAAGAUCAACAGCAGUUGAUAGGGGGACUUAGACCCUUUCUGCCAGCUAAUUCCAGUUUAUGCUUGUCCGUUAUCUUUGGAGAUGGGGGAAACAACGCAAGAGGGACAAGAAGGCAGUAGGCCACUGAGUCCAUCCUGUUCAGAAGAUGCUCUAUGCACCCCUCCAAUACCUCCCCUGCCUCUCCCUGCUGUGAUUGGAGGAGGGUUGUUGGGAUCUGAUGAUGAGGAACAAGAGGACCCCCGAGAUUAUUGCCGAGGUGGGUAUUACCCAGUAAAGAUUGGGGACCUGUUCAAUGGGCGCUACCAUGUGGUGCGGAAACUCGGCUGGGGGCACUUUUCUACUGUCUGGCUUUGUUGGGACAUUCAACGGAAGCGUUUUGUGGCUCUCAAGGUGGUGAAGAGCGCUGUGCACUAUACAGAGACAGCCGUGGAUGAGAUAAAGCUGCUGAAAUGUGUGCGGGACUCCGAUCCGAGUGACCCUAAGCGUGAGAACAUUGUCCAAUUGAUUGAUGACUUCAAGAUCUCAGGGAUCAAUGGUGUCCAUGUCUGCAUGGUCCUUGAGGUUUUAGGGCACCAGCUAUUGAAAUGGAUCAUCAAAUCCAACUAUCAAGGGCUUCCUAUACCCUGUGUCAAGAGCAUCCUACGGCAGGUAUUGCAGGGCCUCGACUACCUCCACACUAAGUGCAAAAUAAUCCACACGGAUAUAAAGCCAGAGAACAUCCUGCUUUGUGUAGAUGAAGGUUAUGUGCGGCGUCUGGCAGCUGAGGCCACGAUCUGGCAACAAGCUGGGGGGCCUCCCCCUUCUGGCUCUGCAGUCAGCUCAGCACCCCAGGAGAGCCUGAAUGGGAAGCUUUCAAAGAACAAGCGGAAAAAACUGAAGAGAAAGCAGAAACGGCAGAGCCAGCUCCUGGCAGAACGGCUUCAGGACCUUCAGCAGCUAGAGGAACUGGCAGCCACAGGAGCCGGUGAUGCCAGUGAGUCCACACUGGCCCCAGACCUGCUUGGCGGAGCCCCCAUCUUGGUCUCCUCGGUUGCAGGGGCAGAGCCCUCAGGGGGGUCUCUAGCCUGCAGCCCCCAGAGUCUGACAUCGUCUUCUGGUUUCUACACGCACAACGCUUACGACAGCUGCAAUGGGCACUCUCCACCAGGCACUGCCAGCCGCCAUUUCAGCCCUGACUCAGCAACCUCAGGCUUCUCAGGGUCCCUCUUCUCUGGCUCAGCCAUGUCAGGUGUCUCUAACCAGCGGGAGCGUGGAGGCCUUCUUUCCCCCAGCACUUUUGGUACCUCUGAAUUCCUAGUGAACCCCUUGGAACCUCAAAAUGCAGACAAGAUCAGAGUGAAGAUAGCAGAUCUGGGAAAUGCCUGCUGGGUGCACAAACAUUUUACAGAGGACAUUCAGACUCGCCAGUACCGGGCACUGGAGGUCCUAAUUGGUGCCACGUACAGCACUCCGGCUGAUAUCUGGAGCACAGCAUGCAUGGCGUUUGAGCUGGCUACUGGUGAUUACCUCUUUGAACCGCACUCAGGCGAGGACUAUACCAGGGAUGAAGAUCAUAUUGCCCAUAUUGUUGAGUUACUAGGUGAUAUCCCUCCGCACUUUGCUCUUUCAGGGCGCUAUUCCCGCGAGUACUUCAACCGGAGAGGGGAGCUGCGCCACAUUAAGAACCUGAAGCAUUGGGGCCUGUAUGAGGUCCUGGUGGAAAAAUACGAGUGGCCCCUUGAGCAAGCAACCCAGUUCACAGACUUCCUCUUGCCCAUGAUGGAAUACAUCCCAGAAGACCGUGCCACAGCCGCCCAGUGCCUGGAGCACCCGUGGCUGAACUCCUAAGGCCAGACAGACCAGCUGCUGAAGCAAGGGGACUUCUUGCCCCCACAGAUUCCCCAGCAAGAGGCUGGUUCCGUCACUGGGGUGGGGAAGGCUUUGUCUCGUGCUGGUUCCUCCCCAUUAGCGGAGGGCAUUCCAGGAUUGGAGGCAAGAGGCUGUUCUCUCUGGCUGAUUACAUUGGGGAGAUGGGGGUUGUAAUGCUGAACUAGAACCCCAAGCCCCAGGUAUCACCUUCUGGCUGUUUCUGAAGCACAGCCAGAGGAUUCCUAUGAUCCCUCACUAACUCUUUUCCUAGAGUUCACCUUUUUGGAGUUGCCAGUGGCCAUCUUUCCCAUGUACCCUUGACCGACGCUGUGUGAUUUUUUAAAUUAGCCAUGGGAUUCCUUGCAGGUCCCCCCACCCCUUGAGGCAGAAGGAAAAGGAUUCCUGCUGUUCCUAACCUUAGUGGGCAAAAGAGUGUAUGUGAAGCUCCCAGCAUGUGGAUGUGCGAGUAUGGGACAGGCUAAAUCUGUGAGUAAAGUGUGGAUGGUGAUUAGGAAGAUGUGCUUGAAUGUUCAAACAAGAACGCUGGAAAUGACAGCUCUUUGUGCGAGUAUACUGUCUUGCUGGAGAUGGCACAGGUAUUACAGGUCCUGGCGCUAUUUGGAGGGGACAAGAGACGGUAGCCGAUGGAGAAAGCAGGGGAAAUGUAUAGGUAGCCAAGCGGAGAGGGAGGAGAUCCUUUUCCCAGCUGCCAAUCAGCACCUGACGUAUCUGUAACUAGCAGACAUUUGCUGGCAGUAUUCUGCAGAAUUGUGGUUAAUAGUUAAAUAAGCAGGCCCUGAUACAUUGGUGCUCCUCCGCCACCCCAGGAGCGUGUUGUGAAUCCUGUUCCCUGCUGUCUGGAUGCAUAGACCAUAGAUUAUGCCACAGUCCUUAACAUGCAUGUUUUACUUUAGCAAGGGGCUGAGUUGCAAGUAGUUACUCAUAAUUUGAUAUUCUAGGAAUCUCAAACUUAAAAAAAAAAACUGAACAAGUUUCUAGCCCUCAUCGUUGUGAAGGGAUAGUCUAUAACAGACAUUUUCAAUAGCAGGAAUGUAUUAUAUGGUGUAAAGUCUCUUGUUCCCAUUUCUGAUUUCCUUUUAGUCCUAUUUUGCCUCAGUUUCCUUUAUCACUCCGGUCUUUGCCCCUGUUUUUGAGAUGGCUGGCAAUCCCAUUAAUCCUCACGUUCUAAGUAUUUGCAUACCGCAUUUCAACUCCUGCUGUACCUGGAAAAAAAGCUAGGUCAGAAAGUGAGUGUGUGUGUACAUGUGUGAUUACCCACCAUCUUUUUCUCCCUGGUGAAUGUUUGGAUGUAGCUGGAAAUGUUGCCAUCUCUCGAGCUGCUACUAAAGCCCCCCUUCCCUCUCCUCCACUUAAGUUUCUUGAUGCUUUUGCUACCUGUGAUCAGUUUUUAUUUUAUUUUUAGAGCAGAGAGGAGAGCUGCUCCAAAAUGCUUGGCUCAGUUCAAGCUACUUUGUGCCUUUAGGAAGGAGCUUAUCUACGGUUUGUGAUGAAGGAUUGAACAGAGCGAGUGCUUCUGUAGCAUUUCCCCCCCAAUACUUUGAUCUUAGAAAAAGAGUAACCAUCAACCAGAGCAAAAAAAAAAAAAAGACACAGAAGAGAGCAAAA